GCUGUUGUUGAUUUGAUUAGUUUAAACUCAAAACGCAAAAGAAAUGUCGUCGUCAAAUUCUCCCUGCGCAGCGUGCAAGUUCCUCCGGCGGAAGUGCACCCAGGAGUGCGUGUUCGCGCCGUACUUCCCGCCGGACCAGCCGCAGAAGUUCGCCAACGUCCACAAGGUGUUCGGCGCCAGCAAUGUCGCCAAGAUUCUGAACGAGCUGAGCGCCACGCAGCGCGAGGACGCGGUGAACUCCUUGGCCUACGAGGCAGAGGCUCGUCUCCGCGACCCCGUCUACGGCUGCGUGGGGCUCAUUUCCAUCCUCCAGCAGAGGCUGAAGCAAGUCCAGCUCGAUCUCUACAAUGCCAGGAAGGAGCUGGCUACUUACAUGGGCCCACAGGCCAUGCUGUCGAUUCUCCAGCCAGCGUCUUACACGCCCCAGCAGAUUCAGGGAGGCAACGCCGGGUCUUCCUCCGCCGUUGUGCCGUACAACAUGUCGCCGAUGAUGGGUAUUCCGACCGGGGCGGCCUCCGGGCAGUUAAUGGUGAGAGAGCAGCAGCAACAUCAGCAGAUAUAUGAAGCUCAGCAACUGUUGGCAGCUAGGGAGCAGCAAGAAAUGUUGAGAAGCUUUGAGCAGAACAAACAGGGAGCUUUGCAGAGUCAAGAAGCGCAUCAUCUGAGGUUCAACAGCGGGUUCGACACGGUGACUGGAACUGGGUUGAAUCAGAUGAGUCCUACCUCACCAACUACGGCGAAUAAUGUAAACAUCUCACCUGCUUUGGCUCUGGGGUUUGACAGCUCUUAUCAGAUUCAGGCACAGCAGCAACAAGAGCCUCAUCACCACCACCACCACCAUCAUCUCCAGCUUCAGGCUUUUCUUCAGUCCCAACAACAGCAGCAGCAACCACCGCAGCUGCUGCCGCAGAAGGUGGAGGGCGAGGAGGGCAGAAGUAGGAGUGUGGGCCCAUCUUGCUAGAUAGUUCCAAGCUCCAUUUUUUUGCCCUUCCCCGCUUUUAUAUUAAACAAAGCUUCAUUCUGGGUAUGCUUUCUCUGUCCUAGCCUUCUGCUUCCCUAUUUUCUUUGUUAAUUUCAGAUAUUUAUUGAUGCUGUAAAUAUGGGGUUUUGAUUUAUCAUGAAUAUGAGGGAAAAUGGUGUAGAGGCAGGAGAGGGAAGAAGUAUAACUACUCUUUAUUGCAUAGUGCAGAAGGGGAGGUGUGGGUUUGGUUAAGAGAAUUAUUGUCUUUUCAGAGAGAAUGGGAUGUCCCCUCCUCCCUUACUAGGCUUGUUCAUCAUCAUUAACAUAGCAUCUGAGGGUUUCAUUUGCACAGUUUGGUUAUAUCCCUUUCUCCUCUUGAUGAAUAUUUGCUUUGCCAUAACGUUCAUUGUCAGAAAUAUAAAUACCAGUGAUCUGAUGCUUUGGUUUGUUGAGAUAAUAUAUAUAGGACACAUUUAUGGUGAUGGAGAGGAGAGGAGAGGAGAGGGGAGGGUCCAAAUUCUGGAAAUUAGAAAAACAUGUCGUUAUUUGGUUUGACUCAUACUGCUAGCUACAAGCAUUAUUGGACAAAAUGAGGGUAGAUGGAGGGGUUUUUAAGGCAACCAGAGAUCAUCAUGAUGAUCUCCUCUGUAUACACUGACAUCGUUCAUCCUCACUUUGUAGAAAGACAAUAUUACCCCUUGUUUCAUUUUCGGUAUCUGUUGCUGUGAAAAACUGAUGAUAAAGAAUUACAGAUUCAUUCUGUUGUAUAUAUUCUGGAUUGUUUCCAUCUUUCACAUAACAGUUGGAACUUGCUGCUUUGUGCUUUUCAUUGAC